AUGAGGAUUCGCCUGGUCCUGCUGUCAUUCCUGAGUGUGGCCCAGAGCCAUGCAGCCCCAAGGCCCAACCUGGUCCUCCUGCUGGCUGACGACCUUGGCAUCGGAGAUCUUGGGUGCUAUGGAAACAAGACCCUCAGGACUCCCAAUAUUGACCGGUUGGCUGAAGGGGGCGUGAAGCUCACACAGCACCUGGCAGCAUCACCCCUGUGCACCCCGAGUAGGGCAGCCUUCAUGACAGGCCGCUACCCCAUCCGAUCAGGAAUGGCAUCUGAGUUCCUCGUGGGUGUGUAUCUCUUCUCGGCCUCAUCUGGAGGACUUCCCACCAGCGAGAUUACGUUUGCCAAGCUUCUCAAGGGUCAAGGCUAUUCAACAGCUCUCAUAGGGAAGUGGCACCUUGGGACGAACUGUCACAACAAAAGCGACUUUUGUCACCACCCGUUGAGCCACGGCUUUGAUUAUUUCCAUGGGAUCCCUGUGACCAACCUAAGGGACUGCAAGCCCGGAGAAGGCAGUGUGUUCACCAGGGGUAUCAGGCUGCUGGUGUUCAUCCCUCUUCAGAUCAUAGCUGUGACUCUUCUCACCAUGGUGGUGCUCAAGUACCUGUGGCUGGUCCGUGUGCCCCCUCUGGUCUUCUUCGGUCUUCUCUGCCUGGCCGCCAUGAUACUGGGCCUUCUGGUGUGCUUCCUGCAUUACUUCCGGCCCCUGAACUGCUUCCUGAUGAGGAACCACGAGAUCACCCAGCAGCCUCUAUCCUAUGACAACCUCAUGCAGAGGCUGGUGGCAGAUGCGGCCCAGUUCAUUCGACGGAAUGCUGAGAAGCCAUUCCUGCUGGUCCUGUCGUACCUUCACGUGCACACGGCCCUGUUCUCUUCCAAGGACUUUGCCGGAAAAAGCAAACACGGAGCUUACGGGGACGCCGUGGAAGAAAUGGACUGGAGCGUUGGGCAGAUCUUGAAGGUCCUAGAUGAGCUGAAACUGGCUAAUAACACCCUCAUCUACUUCAGUUCGGACCAAGGAGCACACGUGGAAGAGGUGACCCCUAAAGGAGAAGUUCAUGGAGGAAGUAACGGAAUCUAUAAAGGGGGAAAAGCAAACAACUGGGAAGGGGGUAUCCGGGUUCCUGGCAUUCUUCGGUGGCCGGGAGUGAUACAGGCCGGACUAGAGAUUGACGAGCCAACAAGCAACAUGGACGUGUUUCCGACGGUGGCCACACUGGCGGGGGCUCCGUUGCCUGAGGACAGAAUCAUUGAUGGACGUGACCUGAUGCCCCUGCUUCAAGGGAAAACCCAACACUCGGAUCACGAGUUUCUCUUCCAUUACUGCAACUUCUACUUAAAUGCCGUGCGCUGGCGUCCUCGGAACAGCACGUCCAUCUGGAAGGCCUUCUUCUUCACGCCCAAGUUCAGCCCCGAGGGCGCCAACGGCUGCUUUUCCACACACGUGUGUUUCUGCCACGGGCAUUCUGUCAGCUACCAUCAGCCGCCGUUGCUGUUUGAUAUUUCCAGAGACCCCACAGAGAGAAACCCAGUGACGCCAGCGACCGAGCCCCGGUUCCAGGAGGUCCUCGACACCAUGCAGCAGGCAGUAGACCGUCACACCAAGACCCUGAAGGCGGUCCCCAAUCAGUUGUCACUGGGCAACAUUGUCUGGAAGCCGUGGCUUCAGAUGUGUUGCUCACCGUCAGGCCUGUCUUGCCAGUGUGACCGAGAAAAACAGGCCAGGAGAGCAAGCCACUAG